GGCGGCCGUUUGCAGCCCCUUCUUCUUCCCUUUCUCUUUCCCCCCUUCCUCCCGAGUCGGGCCUGGCCGGUCCAGGCCGGCAUUGAGCAGCUUCCCCCUUCAUUUUUAUUAUUAUUAUCUCCGUGGAAAGUUUAAUUAUAAUCAUAAUAGGACCCAAGUAAGCCUUCCCUCAGCGUCGGUAGGCCCUGAGGCGGAUACUGAAGGGGAGGCUGGCGGAAAAAGGAGACGGAGAAGAAGGAGCCCCUCGCUCCCCGCUUCUUCUUUCUCCUUCUCAGGCCAGACAGCCAUCUCAGGGCUCGCCUUGGCGCCUGAGGAGGAGAAAGCAGGAGGAGGAGGAGGAGGAGGGAGUCGGUUUAUUAUGAACCACCACCACCAGCAGCAACAGCAGCCGACCCCCAGCCGAGGAGGAGGAGAAGCCGCCCCUGUGGAGAAAAUGCCCGCUUCCCAGCCACCGCCGCAGCCGCCGCCUCCAGAUUCCGGGGAUCGCCGGAGGAAGCUGGAGGCUAUGAUCCGGGACCCCCGUUCCCCGGUCAACGUGGAAAGUUUGUUGGAUAGUUUGAACUCUUUAGUUCUUGACCUGGAUUAUCCAGCACUGAGGAAGAACAAGAAUAUAGACAACUUCUUAAACAGAUAUGAGAAAGUUGUGGGGAAAAUCCGUGGUCUUCAGAUGAAGGCAGAAGAUUAUGAUGUUGUUAAAGUGAUUGGAAGAGGUGCAUUUGGCGAAGUACAGCUGGUUCGUCAUAAAGUAACGCAGAAAGCUUAUGCCAUGAAACUUCUUAGUAAAUUUGAAAUGCUCAAAAGGUCAGACUCAGCCUUUUUCUGGGAGGAGAGAGAUAUUAUGGCCUUUGCCAACAGUCCAUGGGUAGUUCAGCUUUUUAGUGCCUUUCAAGAUGAUCGAUACCUAUACAUGGUAAUGGAAUACAUGCCAGGUGGAGAUCUUGUCAACCUCAUGAGCAAUUAUGAUGUGCCUGAGAAGUGGGCCAAAUUUUACACAGCUGAAGUUGUCCUUGCUCUUGAUGCAAUUCAUUCCAUGGGCAUGAUACACAGAGAUGUGAAACCUGACAACAUGCUUUUGGAUAAAUAUGGACAUCUGAAGCUUGCAGAUUUUGGCACUUGUAUGAAAAUGGAUGAAACGGGGAUGGUGCGUUGUGAUACAGCCGUUGGAACACCAGACUACAUAUCACCUGAAGUAUUAAAGUCACAAGGUGGUGAUGGUUAUUAUGGAAGGGAAUGUGACUGGUGGUCUGUAGGAGUUUUUCUGUUUGAGAUGCUAGUUGGAGAUACUCCAUUUUAUGCAGAUUCAUUGGUUGGAACAUACAGUAAAAUAAUGGAUCACAAGAACUCAUUGCACUUCCCAGAAGAUGUGGAAAUCUCAAAGCAUGCAAAGGACCUUAUCUGUGCCUUUUUAACAGACAGGGAGGUGCGUCUCGGGAGGAAUGGAGUAGAAGAAAUUAAAUCUCAUCUGUUCUUUAAAAAUGAUCAAUGGGAUUGGGGUAAUGUUCGAGACACUGCUGCACCAGUUGUACCUGAGCUGAGUAGUGACAUAGAUAGCAGCAAUUUUGAAGACAUUGAAGAUGAUAAAGGAGACGUCGAAACUUUUCCUGUCCCCAAAGCCUUUGUUGGAAACCAGUUGCCUUUCAUAGGAUUUACUUACUUUAGAGACAAUCUGUUGCUAAGUGACUUUUCUGAGGUUUCUAGAGAAGUUGAACUCAGUAAGAACAAUGGAGCAAGGAAAAAUGAACUAAGGAAAAAUGAGGACAACGAAGAGUUUGCACAAUUUCAGGAAAAAAUAAACAAACUAGAAGAUCAACUUCAUAAUGAAGUACAGGCCAAAGAUGAGCUCGAGCAGAAGUACAGAAAUAUUACUAGUCGCCUAGAGAAGAUAAUAAAGGAAUUGGAUGAAGAGGCAACCUCAAGAAAAAAUGUGGAAUCUACCUUAAGACAGUUGGAAAGAGAGAAAGCUCUUCUUCAACACAAAAAUGCAGAAUACCAGAGGAAAGCAGAACAUGAGGCAGAUAAAAAGCGCAAUCUGGAAAAUGAUGUUAAUAGCUUGAAAGACCAGCUUGAAGAUUUGAAAAAGAGGAAUCACAAUUCUCAAAUAUCAAAUGAAAAGAUCAUUCAGCUACAAAGACAGCUGGAUGAAGCCAAUGCUUUGCUCCGCACAGAGUCUGAUACAGCAGCCAGGCUGAGAAAGAACCAAACAGAAAGUACAAAGCAGAUUCAGCAGUUGGAAACUAAUAACAGAGAUCUGCAAGAUAAAAACUGUGCGCUGGAGAAUACUAAGCUCAGGCUUGAGAAGGACUUCCUCAAUUUGCAGUCAGCUUUAGAAUCUGAAAGAAGAGAUCGGAGUCAUGGGUCAGAGAUUAUCAAUGAUCUACAAGGCCGCAUAUCUAGCUUAGAAGAAGAAGUAAAAAAUGGGAAGAUUGCAUUAGCUAAAAUGGAGACAGAGAAAAGGCAACUACUGGACAGAUUCACAGAUUUGGAAAAGGAGAAGAGCAACAUGGAAAUAGAUAUGACAUACAAGCUUAAAGUCAUGCAGCAGAACUUGGAACAAGAAGAGGUUGAACACAAAGCAACAAAAGCCAGACUAGCUGACAAAAACAAAAUCUAUAAAUCUAUUGAGGAAGCCAAAUCUGAGGCCAUGAAAGAAAUGGAGAAGAAGCUUUUGGAGGAGAGAGUUUCAAAACAAAAAGUGGAAAACUGCUUGCUGGAAGUUGAAAAGCGAUGUUCAAUGUUGGACUGCGAUCUGAAACAGUCACAGCAGAAAAUAAACGAACUGCUUAAACAGAAGGAUAAAUUAAAUGAGGAUGUUGAAAACUUGACGUUGAAAAUAGAACAGGAAACACAAAAACGUUGCCUCACACAAAAUGACCUCAAGAUGCAAACCCAGCAUGUCAAUGCAUUGAAAAUGACGGAGAAACAGCUGAAACAGGAGAAUAACCAUCUUUUGGAAAUCAAAUUAAGUUUGGAAAAGCAAAAUAAUGAACUUCGCAAGGAACGUCAGGAUGCUGAUGGACAAAUGAAAGAACUUCAAGACCAACUUGAAGCAGAACAGUAUUUUUCAACGCUGUAUAAAACACAAGUUCGGGAACUUAAAGAAGAAUGUGAAGAAAAGACCAAACUUUGUAAGGAAAUGCAGCAGAAGAUACAAGAGCUGCAGGAUGAGAGGGAUUCUUUGGCAGCCCAACUUGAAAUUACCUUAACCAAAGCAGAUUCUGAACAGUUGGCUCGUUCUAUUGCUGAGGAACAGUAUUCAGAUCUGGAAAAAGAAAAGAUAAUGAAAGAGCUGGAGAUUAAAGAAAUGAUGGCUAGGCACAAACAAGAGCUUUCAGAAAAAGAUGCCACUAUAGGAUCAUUGGAAGAAGCAAAUAGGACGCUAACUAGUGAUGUGGCAAAUCUGGCAAAUGAAAAAGAAGAGCUCAAUAAUAAACUUAAAGAAGUCCAGGAGAGAAUUGUUCGUAUUAAUGAGGAGGAAAAUGAUAUAGAUCAGCUUAAGACUCAGUAUGAGAAACAGUUGGCUUAUGAAAGAACCAUGAAGACCCAGGCUGUGAACAAACUGGCUGAAGUAAUGAAUCGCAAGAAUCCAAUCCAACGAGGGGCUGAUACUGAUGUCAGAAGAAAAGAAAAAGAGAAUAGGAAACUGCAUAUGGAACUCAAAUCCGAACGUGAAAAGUUAACUCAAAUGAUGAUCAAAUAUCAGAGGGAGAUCAAUGAAAUGCAAGCUCAAAUAGCCGAAGAAAGCCAGAUAAGAAUUGAACUGCAGAUGGCUCUCGACAGCAAAGAUAGUGACAUUGAGCAGCUUCGCUCUCAGCUUCAAUCAGUACACAUUAGUUUAGACAGCACUAGUAUAGGCUGUGGCCCAGGGGAGGCAGAGGCUGAUGAUGGAUUUCCUGUUCGUAUCACUCAGUCCCACACUUCGGAGUCCAUGUCUUUUACCUAUGAACGCUCUUCUACUUCUGUCAGUAUUGCUACUAAGCCUUCUAGUUCUCGAGUGUUUCUCAGCUCUGAUUCUGACUCAGAGGAAGAACCGUUGUCUCCUGAACAAGUCCCUUCAGAACCUGACAAUCCAGAGUCAAGAUUAGAGGGCUGGCUAUCGUUGCCUGCCAGAAACAACACAAAGAAAUUUGGAUGGGUGAGAAAGUAUGUGGUUGUUAGCAGCAAGAAGGUCCUAUUCUACCAUAGUGAACAAGAUAAAGAACAAUCAAAUCCUUACAUGGUCUUAGACAUCGACAAAGUAUUCCAUGUUCGACCUGUCACGCAAACAGAUGUGUACAGAGCAGAUUCCAAGGAUAUUCCCAGGAUUUUCCAGAUUCUAUACGAUAACGAAGGAGAAAGCAAGAAGGAGCAGGAAUUUCCAGUGGAAUCAGCAGGAGAGAAAUCAAACUAUAUUUGCCACAAGGGACAUGAAUUCAUACCUACACUAUAUCACUUUCCUACCAACUGUGAGGCCUGUAUGAAGCCCUUAUGGCACAUGUUCAAACCUCCUCCUGCACUGGAGUGCCGUCGUUGCCACAUCAAAUGCCAUAAAGAUCACAUGGAUAAAAAAGAAGAGAUCAUAGCGCCAUGCAAAGUGAAUUAUGAUAUAUCAACUGCAAAGAAUCUACUGCUGUUAGCCAGUUCUACAGAGGAUCAACAGAAGUGGGUGAGCCGCCUGGGGAAAAGGAUUCCCAAGAAACCUCCAGCACCAGACCCAUUUGCACGCUCUUCACCAAGAACUUCCAUGAAGGUACAGCCAAACCAGUCUAUCAGACGGCCAAGCAAACAGCUUCCUCCAAAUAAAAAGGAAGGCUUCCCUCCAAGAUUGAUUGAUAUGGCAUGUAGAGACUGGGAUUGGUCAUUUGAUGAUAUUGAUUUUGAUAUUGAUUUUAAUAUUGAUGAUGCUGGGAACGAUAACGAUCUUGAUGAUAGCGAUGAUGAUAACGUGUUUGUUCUGAAGAGCUAACUGCCUUCUGUGAAUGCAGAUACUGUUGAUGGCAAUUUUCUUCCUGUUGAAAUAAGACUGAAACAUCAUAUCCCAAAAUUUUAUGAAAAAUAUAUAUAUAUGUUCCUGAAAGACAGUUAUAUAUAAAUAUAUAUAUCAGAAGUUUACAGGGAGGUGUGUGUUUUUUUGCUGCAAUACAGCUUACUAAUAAUUCCUGUGUGUGUUUUCAUAAUGUAAUCUGGCUGGCUGGCUGAUCAAAAUUAGGAUUGGUGGGUGAUAGUGCAAGGAUAUGCUUAAACUCUCCCACAAAAUCUACCUUGGAAUGACUCACACUACAUUUCACGAAAGGAAGCAAAGACAUGAAGAAUCUAUCCCUGAUCUGGGGGUUUUUUUGGGUUUUUUAUUAUUAUUUUUUAAAAAGAGAAAUUACACCAGCAAAUUUGCCAGAAGAAAGAGGAUGGGAUUUGGGGUUUAGGGUGGCGGGAGGGAAGGGGGUCUGUCACACUGAUGAAGACUGCAUCUUAAAAAAGUGACCAUUAUACUGUGUGUGAAUGUGUUUUGGUGUGUAAAUAUGUAUAUUGUACUGUAAUGCUGCAAGAGGGUUUUAAAAAAAAAACUUUCCACUUUAUUUUUAUACAUAUUAUUCAUAUACCAUGAACUGCAGUUGCAACUAUGCACUUGUAUAAAGCCAUACUGUUGAAGUUUAUAUCAUUCUUACCUGUAUAGCUGCAUGUCUGUGCUCAGCAGCAAACUAUAAUGAGAUGCUCCAAGUAUAUACUCACUUCAGUUACUACUUAAUGGGCAGUCCUGUUUUACCAGUUUUGAAUGCCUUAAAUUAAUUUUGCUCCCUUAAAGUCUAUGCCCAUUCUAGAUAUUUAAGAGAGAGAAAGUGGAUGCAGUUUACCAGCUCUUAGAAUGCAAUUAUGCUUUGUGGCAGAACAAUAUAGUGCACUAUGUUUACAUAUAAUAGUUUAUAUCAAUGUCAGUUUGUUCUGAAUGUAUAUCUAAUGGGUUUGGAAGGGGAGGGAGGGUCAGCUGAGUAUUGGUUUCAGAAACAACGAACUAGUAGUAUUAGAACCUAAUAUAUAGCUUUCAUGCAUAGACAUAAUUUUCCAUCCAGCCCUUUGUACAAACUUCAAUAUUAGUUGUUGACUUAUAUUACCCUUACUAAGUGCUAUGAAACUUCAUUCUGCCUUUUUUUUUUUUGCAUACUAUCCUCUGUGUUUUUUAUUUCUGAAGAAGGAAAAACAAACCUAUAACUAUUUUUACAUUUUCAUCGCACAAUAUUGAAGGACUGUUACAAACCCUUAAUGAAUGGGACAUACUAUAGAUGUAUUUUAAACUUUUUGAAUCCUGUUCUCUUGGCACAUGGCUUUAAGAAUAGGAAGAGAAUUUCAGUUGUGUGUGAGAACAGAUAGGAGGAAAAGGCCUUGGAGGCACUUAAUUUGAUUAUUUUUUAUUUCUAAUUUUGUAUAAAAUAUAAUUUAUGUGAGUUCAUUCAUGCCAUGUCCAUAAUUUAUCCCAGAAAAAUGCAUGUUUUAUACAACUACAAUAUGCUAUAAUGUUAAACAUGAUGGCAGUAAAAAAGAAAAAAAAAUUAUUGUACCCUCCUCCUUGGUCUCUUUUUUUUCUCCCUAUGUAUACAUAUAUUUGCAUAUAUAGAUAUAUGUUGCGUGACGGUGUGCUAAUGGAAAACAAAUCUAGCAUUUUAGUGAAGAGCAUGAGACAUUUCACUAGGGUGUUUUCUUUAGUAAUAGGAACAAGGUUUGGAAGGCGGACCAGGAAUUGUUUGACAUCACAACUGUGAACUUUGGACUUGCAGUUCCUAGUAUCUCAUAUAGUAGUUCACCAAACAGGACUCCUGUGCAAUUUCCAGAAAGCUUGUGGAGAAGUUAAAGUUGAUCUUACUUUACACUGGGAUUUCCUCUUAUUAAACCCCUUUGAAAUGAAUCAGAAUUCACUGCAGCAGGUCAUGUGUGACAGAUGUUACCAGCGGACCAGAGCUUAUAUGCACCGCUCCCAUCAAUACACUGUGAUUUAUCCACUAUGUAUUCAAUUAUAAUUAUUUAUAUACACUUGGUCUCAAAAAGGUUAUGUGACCCAUACCUUUAAAAAAAAAUUCAAAUGUACCUAAUUUCAGUUAUCUUGAAAGCCCAUGAUGAAGCAAAAGAGUAUUUAUCACAGCAAGAAUCCAGCAUAUUUUAAGAAAUGCAUAUUUGGCAUACAAAGCUUAUUGUUUAAACAUGUAUACAAUAAAAAAAAUGUUUCCUUUCACUGAAGGCAUACAUAUUUUAUAUAAUUGUAAUUUGUGGGAAGAUCUGGAUUGGAAGAAAUAUAUAUAUAUUUUUAAAUAAACUAUUUCAGUAAGAUAAAAUAA